GUCUUUCCUCAUUGUUCCCUGCACUCUAAACACGCACAAUACCCUUUCCACUUACACAUGCCGCCAGCAAAAAAGAUGUUCGAACAUCUUCUUCACAUUACGGAUUCUCUCCAGUAUCUUUGAUCCCCUCAGCAAUCCAAGCACGCCGAACGAGAUCUCUUUUCCCGUCACUCGCGGCAUCCGUCACCAGUUUUUGCGGUUGACCCUCGUGCUCUCUGGACAUUCUCCCGAAACGAAAAGCAAUUUCCCCCGUCCUCGAAAUCAACACACACAAUGGCGACAACAGAAGCCACCAUGAGUGAUGCUACUACCCGCCGAGUCAACGGCUCGCCUCCCCCGGCGCAGUCAAAGCGUGACAAGCGUCGUCAGAUGCUCGCCGACCGCCUCGCCUCGCUCUCGGACAGGUUCAACAAAGACAGGGACCAGGCGUUCCGCGAGCAGCUGCACAAGAUUCAAAUUGAUACGGCGCUGGUCAUGCGAGUUGACCCCUACGUCGAUCGGCCUCUUGACAGCUUCGAGCAAGACCAACAAAGACUGGCGCAGCUCAAUGGAGACGGCGACAACCAGUCCGGGCCUCAGACCCUCCUCGACAGGGCAGGCCCCAGAUUUUCCAAGUGGAUGGAAAAGGUCCAGGACUUGAUUGAGCAACGUGAUUAUGCCCUCACCAAGUACAAGUUUGAUUACGAGAAGAAGACCUCCGAGUACCUCACGACACAUGCCUUCAAGAUCGAAACUGCCAACCGAGAAUACAAGGCGCUCUCACAGACGCUUCGCGACCGGUUGAUCAACGUCAUCAUGAGCAAAAAAUCUCGAUUGAACAAGGAGAAGGAGGCGCUCGAGAUCUCGGACGCCUCGGCGCUCCUACUCCACCCCAACCAGUUCAGCAUCAAUAACCCGGCGAGCCCAGGAGGCGCGCAUGGCAAGCGAGCAACUCGCCAGCGCCGAGAGAUGGAGGACAUGACAUUCGAUAAGAAGAGGAAGCGCAUGAACAACGAUGACGACGGCUCGCCGGCACCCCAGCGCCGGUUGCUGGAUACGUCUAGCACCACACCGCUCUGGCAGACGGACCGGCUGGCGUCACGGAAAGCCACCGGGACGGUAUACAGCAUCGACAAGUUAUUUACGGACAAGGAGCUCGGCAUGACCUCCACUGCGGCGACACUAGCGGCGCGCAAGUACAUACUCACGCAUAAGCCCAAAAUCGACGAACAAGGGCGCCCGAUCAAGUCUGGCGACGGCAGCGAUUCUGGGGCUGGCGACAACGACGACGACGGGUCGGACUCGGUUCCCUCGGCGCCCAUGAUGGAGCGCAACGUGUCGCACGCCACGCGCAGCGGCCGCGGAGGUGCCAACAAUCCCAACUUUGUCGACGACAAGCUCAUGGGCAUGGAGAUGCUUGCCAACUUUGACUUCCAGGGCAACUUUGACCGCAUGCUCGCGGCUGACCCGAAACUGCCGCCGACAUUUCCCUCGACGUACAUCAAGGGCAACAAGAUGGAGUACAACGUGCCGUCGACGCUUAAUCCCGAGGAUGCGCAGAGCGACAUAAUGGUGAUGCAGGCGCUGAGGCAAUACGAAGAAUUGCACGGAGUCGGCUCCAACUUCUCGGUGGAGAACGGCAGCCGCAAGCUGCUGGAGGCGGCGUCCAUGCCGGCGCAGGACGCGCGGUUCGUCGCAUAUCUGCAGGGGGAACGACCGUCGGAGAACCAGGUCAGGAAACAACUGGGACUGCCCAUCCUGUCGGACGUCGUCGAGCCGGUCAUGUCGGAGCGAGCGGGGACCCCUAAGCCGGGACACGGGGGAACCCCGGGAGCCUCUCCUGCCAAGGGAUCGGCGCUGGGAGGGGGGGUGCCGAUGAGCAGGCAGUCGAGUGCCAAUGGCGUGCCGAUGAGUCGGAGCAGCAGCCGCAAAGGGGGCCGGGGUGGACGAGGUGGCUGA